AUACCUCAUCUCUUUACAUCCCCACCCUCCCCCUUCCUGUCUCCUGUGUCCCUGCUCCACCUGAAGGCCUUGGGGACCAACAGCACCAGUGGUAGUAUUGAGCCAUACCUCUCUGGUAUCAAAACGGGCAUUUUGUCAAGCCGAGUGCCCUCUCCUGCAGCAGCGUUUGCCCCUGGCCUAAGGAAGUACCCCCAGGAGGGGGCAAUACCCUCCCUGACAGCCUCUUCCAGUCAAGCAAAGGCCCUGCUGGCGAGCCUGUCCGCCUCCGGCCUGAGCGCCGAAGCUCUGCUCCUCUCCUCCACCCUCCGCCAUCACCGGCUUCUGCGGGAGCAGCGAGCCUCCUCCCUGCCUCUGCCCAGCAGCCAGUCCUCCUCCCCUACUCCCACUGCUACCUCCUCCUCCUCCUCUUCCUCUUCACCCACCACCCCUACUCCGUCUUUGUCCCCCUCCUCUCCUACCCCUUUGAGUCCCCUCACCCUCUCCUCUGCGGUUCUCAAACCCAGCGGUCGUAGCCUUGACAGCUCCAGCCUCAACAGCUGCAAGGAGGGUGGCAGCAAGCCUGUGUAUAAGGACCUCACCCGCGGCAACUCUCGGUGAUGAAGAGGAGGAGGAUGAGGACAUGUGGGAUUGCAUUUCAUGCACCAUCACAUCAUGAACCAUAAAGAGACUUUUUGGCUUUUUCUUCUUUUUCCUCUCUACUUUUGGCCUCACUCCAGUGUGCAGAGUCUUCAUAUUCCCAUGGCAAGAACUACCAUACUGUAAAUGGAGUCACAAUCUUCUUCUUGGACAAGUUUCCUUCUCUGAUCUGGUUCCACAGUUUCUCUGAAGUUCUCCCACACAGUCGUACCGCCAGUGUCCCGGCUAGAGAGUGCACAAACCAGCUGCCCGCUGUAAGCUGUUGUGGUCUGGAUGGAUUUACUGACAGCACCAGUCUCAUAUAUACCCUCACUCAAUGGGUUGUUAGUGGAGUAGAUAUAAUAUCUAGACUGUGACUUUUAUCAUAGAAAAUAGAAUGCAAUAAUCAAAAAGUGAGUCCUGUAGUUGUGUGUGUUCUGGAUAUUAUUGCUCUCACUUACCUGCAUCACCUAGCAGUGUGAGCCCGCUCAGAAAAAAAAAGAAAAAAUCAAAAGUAGAUCAAGGUGAUGAUUGUGGUUUCAAGCUGUUUUGUGUUUAAAGGGGAUUUGUGGCUUUUUCUUGCAUCACAUGUGUUUUAAACUCUGAACUGGUGCUAUAUUUUCCCCUCUGUUUGUACACACUGUGUGAGGAGUUUACACGGCUGUCCCCAAUCUUUGACCUGCACUUUGUUGCCAGUGCACUGUCUGCUUUGAUUUCAUCUCAUAUUAUUCAAAUAUUUAUAUACAUCCAUUCCCUUGAAAAAUAGGAAUUGAUUACAAAAAAUGUUUAAGUUUAAUUUUUCAAAAAAUAGAAAAUUACACUAUGUUCACAAAAGCACACUGUAGGGAGCAGUCUCAUUACAGCACAUCUCUAUUUAAAAUGGAAUAAAGAGGCACAGUUACACAAACAGAAGGGAAAAAUUAAAAAUUGUGUAUUAUAUACAAAUGUUGAAUUUCUGUAUGUGUGUAUGAACUAGUUAAUUAUGACAAUCAGGAUGUUUCCACAGUAGCAUCUCACAGGUUGCUCUGGCAUUUCAGCACCUGACAUCACAAACCAUCCCAAAGACUCAAGCACACACGGCGAUGAAUAAUACACACAUUCUGUCACACACACACACACACACACACACACACACACUUGGAAAGCCAAGCUGUUUGCAGAAGCACAGAUUCUGCUAUUUUUUUGUUUUGUUUUGUUUUUUCAUGAUGAUUCAUUUUCAUUCACUCACAUCUGUUGCACCACUGAAACUGCACUGGUAAAAAAAAAAAAAAAAAAAAUGCCAUAUGGACCAGAACACGAUUUCACCCCUUAAGGAAUCUGAUAGAUCAGGCGUUUUCUUUUUAGGACACUUGUUUGUUUUGAACUUCAGAGUGUUCAGCUUCCAAUUUGCAGGCCUUAUUGUAGAACUCAAUACCUUCUGUGAACAAGAAUCAAUCGCACUUCAUUGUCAAUGACUUGGUUUCAACUCUUGAAAGAUAAAGAACAUUGAUCAGCACAUAUUUAGAGACUUAGGCUGUAGCCUGACUCUUGCAGUGUGUGAGAGGAGUAUAUAUAGAAAUAUAAAUCGAGCACAGUUUCCUCUCAAACACCUGACCCUUUCCGCCAGUUCUGACUUAUUGAAUUUGGUUAAUUAUGACAAGCACAAAGCUACAAAUGUUUCCCUGAGGGGGGGAAGAAAAAACAUUCCUGCAUAUUUAAAAUUCUGGACACUGAAUUACCAACAGUGCUGUUGCCUCGUUUGGUUUUAUUACAUGCAUUUUGAAACAUGAAACAUUUAUGAAUGUUAGGCCUUUGGUGUGCCGCAGUGACAGAAGUUGAAGUUAUCAUUAUUUAAAGCACAUCAAAGGCCUGUCACUGAUUCCCUAAGUGUUAACCCUGCACAAGGAACUAUUUUGAAGCUCCCUAUCCUGUGUUGUUGCCUCAAGGCUGCCCACUGGGGAGGUGAACGGACAGUCAUAGACAAAGGGAUUUUUUUUCCCAGUUAUUCACCAGAAUGACUGCGAGAAAUCGAUUCUUUGUGGCAUCGAGAUUAAAACAUGUGCAAAGGGGCUCAUGUCAAAGAGUAGGCAGCUUGAGGAGAGGGGAUUAGUUUGGGGACAUGUGUUUGAAGGCUACUUUAAUAAGAGCGGCUUUGACUUGCCUUAUCUCCAUCAAGAGUGCUUGUGAUAUAAAAGACCCAAAGAGAUGAGAGGAAGGGUUUGACAGUCAGAGAGCCAUUGAGCGGCUGUUCUUCCCCUGCCUCUUUCACUUGUCUUUGUCUUUGGUGUGGGGUGUCUGUGACAUAAAAACCACUAAAUUGAAGUUAUGCUAGGACAAAGUUUGAUGGGCCUCAAUUAUGAACAUUGUGUGCAAUAUGUAAUUAGCACUCUUGCAAUUUUACUAAGGCAGUGCUCUUCCCCUUUGAGAAACUCCUGCAAGGACCUGUAACAGUGUUUUUUUCCCCAGUGCCUCUAAGACUUUGUUCUUGCCAGAAGUCCCCAGUUGGUCUUGUGUUACAGUAUUAUAUCAAUGACAGAAUCACACUUUACCCAAAGAAGAGGCUGCAAAAAUUGGCUUGUCCAUAUUUUUUGCAGAAAAAAAAGACACACUCUUGAAAUGCAGUGUGUGUCAGGUUGCAGAAGUGGCAUUUGACUAAACACUCCCCCAGCUCUGACAAUGUGCAAAACUGCAAGCUCACAGCACAGCGAAUUAAGCCUCACCCUGGGUGCUCUGUAGCUCUGCCAGGCAGGUUCAAGCCCUGGGUUUCAUAUUGAGUGAAGUCAAAUGAAAGAAAUUCACUUACUCAUGCUGUUCCACACUCAAAUCCAUAACUCUCCGAGUUAAAUUUGCUGCAUUUGCGUCUGGUGAGCGUUGGGGAGGAAGUAUUCACGCUUGGCUGCUUUCCCCAAGUAAAGUCUGAGAUGAAACCCUCCCAGAAUUGCGUGACAGUGCUCUCUGGAAUAAUUUUUUUUUAUUUUUUUUUUUUUAUCCCAAGACAAGUGUUCGUGGGCUGUGAUUUCAACAUGGCUGCAGGCUUAGAGGGCAUGUUGAAGACACUCACAGUGGAUGCCCCUGGCAAUCAGAAAAACUCAUGCAAACUUGAAAUCAAACAUAGGAGAACUAUACAUAUAUAAAUAUAUCUAAGUGAGAUGUUUGUGUAUGAUAUUAUAAUUGUGAAGAAAAGUGUGAUAUAUAUAUAGGCCUAGAUUAAAUUAUAUUCUGUAAAAUGUCAUCAUCUCUUCAGUUUUAUAUAUUAGUGACCAUUUUGUACAGAUUUUUUCUUUUUUAAUUCAUUGAGAGAGAUAAUAACAUUUCACACUGAGAUUAUUUAUUCAUAUGCAGAACAUUUUUAUAUUUGUUUAAAAAUAUCUGUAUAGAUAACAGUUAGCCUCUGUAAUAUACACUGAAGUUCAUUUUUGAAUUCUAGGAUUUUCUUUAUGAACACUGAUGUAACUUUGAUUUAUGAAAAGCUCGUCCCUGAAAACGCUUGUCCGGCUCGUUUGCCUCUUCAUGUGAAGGGUCACAUGGAGGUGUAAGAGGCUGGACCAGUGCCUGUGCUUAGGGGCUUAUUUUGCUACGAUCUUUUGUUUAGUUUUUUUUUUUUUUUUUUUUUUUUGGUUUUGCAAGGGGGUUAUAUUGUGUAUCUGUGGUCUGCUUUUUGGUUUCACCCCAUCCUGUGUUUUGUGGUUCAGCUGGAUAUUAGUGAUGUUGGUCAGAAAACACAGAUAUUGUAGUGAAAGAACAGUUCAUGGGCCUGAAGGCUUCACAUAGAGCCUUGCUGCUUUGACAGAAGUUAGAUGGCUUUAAUAUUUGCUCUGUGUCAUGUUUGCAUGUGAAAACAGGAACGGUAGCAAUGUGGACGCUCGGUGCAGAAGCAUUCAGAGACGACACGCUCUCAGUCGUUACAACAUGUGGAGGUACAUUUUGUUGCUUAUUAUGCUCCACUUGUGGCUUUAAGUAGCAGAGAAGCUAAACCACAAGAGUUGUUAAAAACCAACCAAGAUGGAUCAAUAAGGGAAUUAUGUGAAGUUGUAUGAAUUUAAAGUUUUAUCUUUUCCUUUGCCAUUGUAUCUUUUUUUUAUAUAAUGAACCUACAUUCUAUAGUAUGUAUAUGAGGUUUUUACAUGAAUGUGUGGAUGUUCAAAAAUCUUGGCAUCGAAAACAAAGAAAAACAAAAUUGACUUGUAAAUAGGUCGAGUCAUUCCUAGAGUUCGACGAAUUGUUAUGUCCAAAAGAAGAUGUUUUAUUAAUAAACUAUGAUGAUGGGUACAAAGGUAUAUACAAAACAAUGCAUGUAUAGUCUCAAGCAAUCGCACGGUGCAGUCGAAAAUGUUGUCUACAUGUUUUCUCGAAAAAAUGAGAACGAGGAAGAGGAAAAAGUGGUUUUGUGUUCGAGGUUUUACAAACACGAGGAAUGAGAUGUUAUUUUGGUAUCUGUGACACAGGCAUGUUCAGUCUUACUGUGAUGUUAUGUGACGAUGAGGAUGAUGAUGAUAGUGGCCGAGAGUGUUGGAUGUCUAGAGGGAUUCGGAAACGCUUGAACGCACCCCAACCAGAGAAGCCACCAGUGACGGUGAACUCUUUCCACAGAGUGAUUCUCCCAUUUGUAGAGUAGUGUGAUAUAAGAACAAAAAUAAUACAGAAAAUAGAUCUAUAAUAUAAUGAUAUAUAAAAUUUAAAAGCCUACUGAUACUGGAGAUACUAAUUUAUCAGUGUGGAUGCCAUGAUAUUCUGUGAGAAAUGUGUGUGUUUUUCCUGUGAGAAGACAGUAGGCAGUUGAACUUGCCUUCUUUUGUACAUAAUUUGCUGUGAUUGUGUGUCCAAUAAAGUGCAGCUCUCUUGUA